AUGUUUUUGAAAAACAGCAUUUUUAAUCAAUUCCAUAAAAAAGAAACUUCAUUGCAUGGAAAGGGAUUUACAGAACCAAUGCAACUGGAUAGCAGGCGGCCAUCUACAUUGCUUUGGAGCGGGUUGGACGAUAGCAGUGCAAGUUCGACAUGCGAUCUAGAUGAUGAUGACUACUUUGGAAGCGAACGAUUUUCAGCUCCAGAAGAUGUACACAUCUUAGCGUCUCCAAAAACAAGCUGGAUAGAUAACAAGUGGAAGAAAAAUUUGAAAUCUGAGAGCAGUAAUGCAAAAAAUGGUGCGGCUCAGCUUUCUUCAAUGUCACCGAAAAUUUCUAAUAUAAGAAAGUCGUCUAUCGACACACGCUCCAACAAAUCCCCCACCACGGCAGAUGGUUUGAUCAAGCCAGGCCACUUCACCGACAGGUGA